AUGUCCUCGGUCUUGCCAAAGAAACUUGAAGAUUUUGGUAGUUCUGACUAUUGGAAUAAUUUCUUCACUAAACGUGACACUUCUUUCGAGUGGUAUGGGGAUUUCGCCACUCUCGUUGAAAUCUUUGUUCAAAAUAUUCGCAAAACCGAUACAGUUUUGGAAGUAGGCUGUGGUAACUCCAAUCUUUCUGCAGAAAUUUACGACAAAAUUGGUUGUGCCUCCUACCUUGGCAUUGAUUACAGUCAAAAGGCUAUUGAACAAUCUCAAAAGCUUGCAACUUCACGUCAAAAUUUGCGAUUUGAAGUCGUUGAUAUCUUUAGACUCAAAUCUGAUUUAGCUCUUUUAGAAUUGCCCUCAGAACAUUUCAACUGCAUUAUCGACAAGGGUACUCUUGAUGCUAUUGAUAAUGGAAAAACGGAAGAAGCCAAGAUUAAUCAAUAUUUUGAAAAUAUAAGUUCUGUUCUCUCUCUCUUCGGUCGUUAUAUAAUUGUGACUCUGGCUCAGGACCACAUCGUUAAACACAUUGCUGAUUAUUUCCUAAAAGAAGGUAGUGAAUAUAUGGUUAGCUGUUUCCAAGUAACCAAUCCCGAGCGAAGGGAUGCUAGUGGAGACUCCCUGGCCAUGCCUCUCUUUGCCUUUGUUAUGACAAAGCUGAAGGUUUCUCCAUCUCUUCCCCAACUCCGUCUGAAGUCUGUCGGAGAUGAUCAGCCAAUUCGCCAUGAUGGGGAGAGUACCGUGACCAUGAAACAGCGCCUGUUUGAUUGGAUAAAGUACCUACAAACCUCGUGCAUACUGGAUCAGAGUCAAAUCAAGACCAAAGGCGAUCGUGAAUUCGAAAUCGUUCAUGAGGUUACGGGUAUCACCAUGUUCACCUGUCGUAUUGCUUCAUCCCCUUCCCACCGCAACCGCAAACCCCAACCCAAGGGUGUUCUUUUGGUGCCCCAAGAUCAGGCUGUCUCGUUCGCCACUCCAGAGGGCGCCUUGGUUGCCCUCGAUAGUAUGGGACGACUGCCUUGUGCCCUGCUCGCCUUCCCCAAUCCAUCCAUUCGAUUCACCUCUCUCGACGUCGCCAAGUCGCAACUCUCAGAUGGUCUAUGCGCCUCGCCUCUAGCCAGUGCUGUUCGAAACGCCCCAAUAUACAGCACUCCUGACAACUAUCUUCAGAUGAAAGAAAUCAAAGAAAACCCACCCUAUGCCUUAAUAACCGAGGCCCUCAAAAAGCGUAAACCACCACCCCGACUCCUUGUUCAAAAUCUAACCUCUGGCAACGUCUAUCGAUUUAUCAGCUCUGACGGUUUUUCGGAUCCCCUAGCAAUUCUUCUUCUCACUUGGAUCACACUUACCCGACGACUGGCUGAUAAUCUCGGCUAUUUGGGUGCGAAAUUCUUCUAUCAAGGAGUACCCUCUUGCCUUCAUAAAGCCAUAAUGAGUCAACUUUAUGUGAACAUAGAAGAAGAUAGCCUCAAGAGUCUAGCAAAUGAGUUGAAUUCCGACAUCAAGUACGUUGAAAGUCAAGAACAGUCUCAGCAAUACGCUCUUAUGUGUUAUACUACGCCGGAAGAUGACAAAUUAAACCCUGAAGGCCUCUCUUCCUUCAUGAGAUCUGCUGAAAAGUACCUUCUGACUCAAGGAAUUGGUUGUAUUUUCAGACAUAAAAUUAUCUCUUCUGCCAAUUUGGAAGAGAAGAUUGAGCAAGAAUGUGGUUCGGCUCUUCAAUUGCUUGUCAAGCAUGAGUUUGAAACCGCUGUGGUAUAUGUGAUUUAUAAGAAGAAGCCGAAGUUGUCCAAGGCGAAAUUUGUUAAUAGAGUUCGACAAAUGGCGACUGAGGCGAUGGCCUUAAAGAGCGGUGCAUUUGCAGAGGCGGAGUCACUUGGUUGCAGUGGAAAGGUCAUUGGAAAUGCAAAUGAAUGUCUGGUCAAUCUAACAAGGCUAUUGACUCAGUAA